AUGAUUGGCGUUAAAGCAAAAUUCGUAGCGUAUGAAACGUUAACAGAAGAAGAUCCUACGGUAUCUUCAGCGAGUUUGUGCGUGUCGCCUAGUGGGGAGAGUACGGGGGCGCCAUUGUACGCGUCAACACCAAUGGACAAGAGAAUAACUAAUGGGUUCCAUGAAAAACUCGAACGACUCGAUAAUAGAAGAGACUGUGACACUGUUAAUGGGAAUGUUCAUGUAAAUAUAGUCUCGGCAUCCACGAACAAUAUGGACGUGCUGAGCGGCGGUGAAAGUGACGCCGGCGAUACAUUAACAAGGCGGAAUAAUAACAGUAUAUCGUCGGGCGUGGCGGCAGCCGGCGAUACGAUAAAGAAACGUGGUGCUGACAUCACGUAUUACGUAGCCAAGGAGCUGCUCAUGACCGAGCGCACGUACAAACGGGACCUGGAACUACUUACUGUCACAUGGUCGAAACGAGUGGGAACAUUGGGGCGCAGUGCGUCGGGCGGCGCGGAGGCGGCGGCGCUGGCGCGCGCCUGCCUCGCGCUGGAGCCGCUGGCGCUGCCCGCCGGCGCGCUGCUGGCCAAGCUGGACCGCGCGCUCGCCGCCGCCGCGCCCGCCGCGCCCGCCGGCCUGCCCUCGCCCGACACCUGCGAAGAACCAGACUGGGAAGCCGUACUAGCGUUGCCCGCGGGACCGUUUCUCGCGUAUCUCGAUCGUGUACUGUCUUGUAUCGAAUUGCCCGUAGAGUGUGAUGAUGUCGAGGAACCCGAAUACAAGAAAAUAGCCGAAAUCCUUCAGGAUUAUUUAUCAAACACAUUUGAUGCGUACAACUCGUACAUAGAGGGUGCGGGGGCGAUGGUAGCUCUGGUGGAGAGCGCGCGGCGCCGCGGCGGCGACGGCGCGCGACACGCCGCCGCCUUCGACCGCGCGUCGCCGCUGCCGCUCACGUGUCUGCUGCUGCGCCCGCUGCACCGUCUGCACCACUACAAGAGAAUGGCGCAAGAGCUAUGGACGGCAACGAAAAGCAAGGCGUCCCGCGCGGCGCUGGAGCUGGCGGCGGCGGCGGCGGACGCGGCGGACUCGCAGCUGCGCCACGUGGAGAACCACGCCGCGCUGUGCCAGCUGCAGCGGGACGUGGCCGGCUAUGAUAAGUUACUGGUCGCUGAGAGAGAGUUCGUGAGACUAGGCUGCGUGUACACGCACACUUCGAAAGGAUUGCAGCAAAGGAUGCUUUUCUUGUUCAACGACAUUUUGAUAAUCGCGUCGAAAAAUUCGAACGGGCUGUUUCGAGCGCACUCCGUGCUGCCCUUGCACGAGCUGAGCGUAGAGACCACCGAUUUACCGCAUUCUUUUAUUAUUAAAUAUGAGGACACAAAACUAACGCUAAGCACAAGCAACGAGGCGGAGUACGCGGGCUGGGCGGAGGCGCUGGCGGCGGGCGCGCGCGCUGCGCGGGGCGGCGCCGCGUCGCCCGACACGCAGCUUACGCCGCAGUUGCAGGAUUAUGUAAUGUGCCUUCCAGAGGAGUCGGAGGGCGCGUGCGAGGGCGCGGGCGGCGGCGCGGGCGGCGCGCUGGCGCACGUGUGCUGGCACCGCGCGGCGUCGUUGCGGCGCGCGCAGCUGCACCUCGCCAUGCGGAGUCAACUAUCCGGUUAUCUUCUGCGCAAGUUUAAAAACUCUCACGGCUGGCAAAAGCUAUGGGUGGUGUUUGCGGUUUUCACGCUGUUCUUCUACAAAACGUGUCGCGACCACUCGCCACUCGCCUCGCUACCUUUACUGGGAUAUAGUGUGGGUGCGCCGGCGCCUAGCGAUGGCAUCGACAAGGAGUUUGUAUUCAAGUUGCAGUUCAAAAACCAUGUGUAUUUCUUCAGAGCCGACAGCCAUUUUACGUAUAAUAGGUGGAUAGAAGUCCUGCAGACACCGAUGCUCGCACACCAAAAU